CGGUCAUCAACCAUCAACCAACCUUCCCGUUUUCCCACCUCGCCUUCAUUCUCUUCACUUCUUCCUUUUUCUUGUCGAUUUCAAAGUUGGCUUAUAGCAAAGAUGGAGGUUCUCUUGGGCAUCACUGGUAAGGACUUCGUCAUUAUGGCCGCAUCCAAGGCCAUAAUGCGAGGACCUACGAUCAUCAAAGCCGAGGACGACAAGACGCGGCAGCUCAACAAGAACACAUUGAUGGCGUUCAGCGGAGAAGCGGGUGACACCGUGCAAUUUGCCGAGUUCGUCCAAGCCAACGUUCAACUGUACUCGAUGCGUAACGAUACGGAGCUCAAUCCCGCCGCCGUUGCCAACUUUGUGCGAGGAGAGCUGGCCCGGAGCUUGCGGUCACGAAGCCCCUACACAGUCAACCUGCUUCUUGGAGGCAUAGAUCCGACCACACAGACACCCCAUCUUUACUGGAUUGACUAUCUGGCCUCGCUUGCGUCCGUACCAUAUGCUGCCCACGGAUAUGCCCAAUACUACUGCCUUUCCCUCUUGGACAAGCACCACAACCCGAACAUCGACCUCGAGCAAGGCAUGAAGCUCCUGGGCAUGUGCACAGAUGAGCUCAAGCGGCGGUUGCCGAUCGAUUACAAGGGUGUUCUUGUAAAGAUCAUUACGAAAGAUGGUGUGAAGGAAGUUGACUUCGAUAACGACAAGAUCGUUCGGAGUGCUUAAUGGACGACAUGCUCAAGCGUUUGUUGUAUCAUAUCCUAUGACGUUUUACCCUUGAUGACAGGAUAAUUGAAAUUGGUUGGCGUGUUCAAAGCUGUAGACGUG